CUUGAAAACUUCUUGGCGGGUCCCGAUCCGAUAGCGGAAGAUUUCAAAAAUUUCCGCCUUCAACCGGGCAGAAAAGCAAGCGGAGAGAAGACAGGCGACGCCUGGAAUCCUCUUUCCUGCCAUUUCUAAUUGAGAAGAGAAGAAUUCUUGCGGCUGACAUGGCUUCGGGCUGCGCCAAGAGGAAGCAUGGAGGGGAGGCGAGAUGCCGGUGCAGAUGCCGCCAUGUCCACGUCCACUACCACCUGCCACGCAGGCGAGUCUCGCUCCUCCGGUGGUUGCCUCGCCCUCGCCUCUCGCUGCUCUCCUACCUCCUGGUUCCUCCUGUUCUCUCCUUCGCCCUGCUUGCCUUUGUGGUGUCGUUUCUCUGGUUCACCUUGCUCUAUUUCGUCGCCUCGCUCUUGAGCAACGAUGACGAUCUCGAAUCCGUCAAGAAUGUCGGCAUCGGCGGCCCUGCCAGCGACGUCGAAGACAGUGGGCAAGAGGGAAAUUCAGAGGCGAAAGGGGAAGCUGUGAGGCAUGCGGCGGAACACCUGACUGGUGAUACUGCUACGGCUGACAAUUCUUUCAGGAGACUCGAGAUAAAAGAAGUUCGGGCUGAUGGAUUCUCUCAAGUACCUCGGACGAACGACGACAAACUGGUCGAAGAUGUGAAUAUCUUUGAGACAAGCAGUGCCACCAUGGCUGAUUCAGAGGGAUUUUCCGGAUGGCGUCAGGUACAGGAUGUGCCGGUCGAUUGGUUUGUGGAUGAACACGACAUCAGAGUGGACAGCAGUAGCACACCAGAUGAUUUAUUUCCAUCUCUGUAUUCCACUGAUUCAGCUGAAAUUCAUGAUUUGCCUGACAUGGACGAACCGAGAGGGAUGUCACCGGACUUCCUUGCUGAAAGCAAGCAAAAUAUGGUCGUGUCAUCAAAUACUUCGUGUCAUCAUCAUAGUAUUAGCGACGAAUAUGGUGAAGAAUAUCGUGACGAUAGGAAGGAGUUAUCAGCUUGUGGUACAUAUGAAAUUAUUGAUUUCAUUGACAAGCACGAAACAAGAGACCAGGCACCUGACGGUUCUUUUGUUGAAGAUGAGGAAACCGGACAGUUUGAAUCCUCAGAUGAAGGGAGUACCCAAGAAAAAGAUGCAAAGAGUGUACUUGAACUGGUUGUUGAUAGCAUAGCGACUCUGGAAGAUUUUCGUGAAAAGCAAGAAGUACAAAACGUGCCCGAAGUUCUGAUCACGGAGGCAAAUGCAGAGCAGAGUGUUGGAGCUUCAAACGAAGGUCAGGAUUCCAGCAGCGAGAAGGAAGCAUCAGUGGUGUCACUUCAUUCUGUUUGUGAAGAUGCAGCCUCCUCAGAUGCUUCAUCCCACCAUUAUUUGGUUUAUGAAGAUGACAAACAGGAAGAGGUUACCAAACACAGCACAGCAGAAGCAGAGGCACCCGAUCCUGCAUCUGCUGUAAUUUGCAACAUCUUUGAGAACCGUCAGACACCAAGAAAUGAGGCAUUUGAUGGUUUCGAGAAUGACGACGAAGCCAGAGAAGUGGCCUCACAGGAGAGUCUGGGAGAUGAAACUGAUAAAAUUAACGAUGACUCUGCCUCGGAGCUGGAUUUGAAGGGAGUGCAUCGUGGAGCGCCACUUCUCAGGAGGUCCCCAUCACAAUGGUGGAAUUUAUGUGGAGUCGUUGAUGUGUUUGCUGGCUCGGGGGAUUAAAUGAAAGGUGAUGCUAUUCGUGGCUUCCUCUGGUCCACUCCGUUUGUCAGGCUUCCGUGUUUUGUAACUUCAUAAAGUGUUUUCCUUGUCGAUAAAGUCAAGACAGCUAUGCUUGAAUCAAGCUGCAGCGUUUUUUCCCUGAAAGAAAUGUCUCAAACUAGGAUAACAUAGCGACAUUUAUUUUCAUUGUGAUGAAUUGUUCUUUUUUUUUUUUGCGGGUGA